GUUAAUCAUUAACUUUGAACGCUAUUUAGCAUAGCAUGCUAGCUCGGCUGCGUAGUUCGUUGUCGUAGCUGCGUGAUAUGGCCAGGCAGUGCGCCCCAGAAGCUGGGAAUUAAAAGGAGAAAUUAUAUUUAUAAAUCAUAUUCGCCACGAGACUGAUCGCAUCCCUUUCGUACGGGCUAAAAGUGUCUUACGCAUAUAUAACUGAUGCACGUGAUUUAAAGGACGAAAUGGAAAAGAGCAGCGGAGACCAGGAGUUUGAGCAGCCAGCAUGCAGCGACCAGAUCGCGCAGGAUGCCAGCACAGAAAACUGUGAUGAAACACUAGUACUGCACCUGUAUCCCAUCGAACCAGCAGAUAUCAGCAAUGAAAUAAACCUCGCUCAUUCGUUGACCGGCGGAUCACCAAUAAGCAAUAGUUUAGCAGGCAGUUCUGAAACCCCGAAAGAUGAGGGAGUGUUUAAACAUUCGACCACCCUAACCAACAGACAGCGCGGGAAUGAGAUCACGGCACGGCCCGCGAAUCUGGACACUCUCUCAGUGCACCAGCUGGCGGCUCAGGGGGAUCUCACACAAGUGGCAGGACACCUGAGCAAAGACAGCUCCCUGGUGAACAGUCCGGAUGAGCGGGGCUUCACGCCACUCAUGUGGGCCGCAGCAUUUGGUGAGAUCGCCGUGGUGGACUUUCUUCUGGAGAAGGGAGCUGAUCCCAAAACACUUGCGUGGGAGCGGGAGAGCGCCCUGUCUCUGGCCAGUUCCGGAGGCUACGCCGACAUCGUGGACCUCCUGCUGAAACACGGAGUCGACAUCGACACUUAUGAUUGGAAUGGCGGCACUCCCCUCCUCUAUGCAGUACGGGGGAACCACGUGAAGUGUGUGAGCACCCUCCUUGCUGGCGGCGCUGACCUGACCGUCGAGGCGGAUUCAGGCUACAGCCCCAUGGACCUCGCCGUAGCCCUCGGCCACAAAAAGGUCCAAAGGGUGAUCGAGGAUCACAUCCUGGCACUGCUGAAGCAGAAAGCGUGACAACAGGAAGCUGCUUCGUCAUAGGCGAGGAACGACCCGGAAGAGAGGGGUCUGCAAGGCGCUUGGCCACCACCAUCCGACACGGGGGCAGUCUGCUGGCAGACUGCGGGGAUUCCAUAAACAGGAGUUGUAGUCCAUCAUUCCUCAGUAAUCAUGCAUGGAUGUGUCUGGCCAGUCAGAUGCGAGCACAUAUGACUUAUUUUAUCUUGGCAUUAAAGUGUCAACUCUGUA